AUGACAACAAAGGGGGGCAGUGCUGGAGCUGGAGCUGGAGCUGGUCAGGUGGUGGUAGUCCCGAUCACCCCCGAGAUCGAGGCAAUUGCUCGCUUUGCUGUUGAAGACUACAACAAAAAAGAGAAAGCAGCUCUGGAGUUUGUGAGGGUGAAAAGUGCAAAGAGUCAGGUGGUUGCUGGCUUCAUAUACUUCAUCGUUUUGGAGGCAAAUCAUUAUGGGAAGGAAGGGGUUUAUGAAACGAAGGUCUUCCAGCCGCCAGGGUCGGGUUCCAAGGAGGUGGAGGAGUUCAAGAAGCUCCUCCUCACUGAUGCUCCUUCCGAGUCUAGCAUUUAUUAG